GGUGGCGCCGUUGCCGCAGUGACAGUAGUGGGGGAGUGGGAAGAUGGCGGCUUCGCGUCGGUCUCAGCAUCAUCACCACCAUCAUCAACAACAGCUCCAGCCCGCCCCAGGGGCUUCGGCGCCGCCACCGCCACCUCCCCCGCCGCUCAGCCCGGGCCUGGCCCCGGGACCCACCCCGGCCUCGCCCACGGCCGGCGGCCUGGCGCCCUUCGCCUCCCCGCGGCACGGCCUGGCGCUGCCAGAGGGGGAUGGCAGCCGGGACCCGCCCGACAGGCCGCGAUCUCCCGACCCGGUGGACGGCGCCGUCUGCACGGUGGCAGCAACGGCCGCGGUCCCGGCAGCUUCCGCCGCCGCCGCCGCCGCCGUCGGAGUGGCUCCCAGCCCAGCCGGCGGUGGCGGUAACAACUCCGCGUCGUCCACUUCUUCCCCGACUUCUUCUUCGUCUUCCUCCCCGUCCUCCCCUGGCUCGAGCUUAGCGGAGAGCCCCGAGGCGGCCGGAGUUGGCUCCACAGCGACUUUGGGACCCGGGGCGGCGGGCCUGGGCCCGGGGGUCCCAGCCGUAAGCGGGGCCCUGCGGGAGCUGCUGGAGGCCUGUCGCAAUGGGGACGUGUCCCGGGUGAAGAGGUUGGUGGACGCAGCGAACGUGAAUGCAAAGGACAUGGCCGGCCGAAAGUCUUCUCCCCUGCACUUUGCAGCAGGUUUUGGGAGGAAGGAUGUCGUAGAACACUUGCUGCAGAUGGGUGCUAAUGUCCAUGCCCGUGAUGAUGGGGGUCUCAUCCCACUUCAUAAUGCCUGUUCUUUCGGCCAUGCUGAGGUUGUGAGCCUGUUACUGUGCCAAGGAGCAGAUCCGAAUGCCAGAGAUAACUGGAACUACACACCUCUGCAUGAAGCUGCCAUUAAAGGGAAAAUCGAUGUCUGUAUUGUGCUGCUGCAGCACGGAGCUGAUCCAAACAUUCGGAACACUGACGGGAAAUCAGCUCUGGACCUGGCAGAUCCUUCAGCAAAAGCUGUCCUCACAGGUGAAUACAAAAAAGACGAACUCCUAGAAGCUGCUAGGAGUGGUAAUGAAGACAAACUGAUGGCUUUACUGACACCUCUCAAUGUGAACUGCCAUGCAAGUGAUGGGCGGAAGUCUACUCCAUUACACCUGGCAGCAGGCUACAACAGAGUUCGGAUAGUUCAGCUGCUUCUACAGCAUGGUGCUGAUGUCCAUGCAAAAGACAAAGGUGGACUCGUACCUCUUCAUAAUGCAUGCUCAUAUGGACACUAUGAGGUCACAGAACUGCUGUUAAAGCAUGGAGCUUGUGUCAACGCUAUGGAUCUGUGGCAGUUCACCCCACUCCAUGAAGCUGCUUCCAAGAACCGUGUAGAAGUCUGUUCUCUGUUACUUAGCCACGGUGCUGAUCCGACCUUGGUCAACUGCCACGGCAAAAGUGCUGUCGAUAUGGCCCCAACUCCAGAGCUCCGGGAAAGACUGACUUAUGAAUUUAAAGGCCAUUCUUUACUACAAGCAGCCAGAGAAGCAGACCUGGCAAAAGUUAAGAAAACCCUUGCUUUGGAAAUCAUUAACUUCAAGCAGCCACAGUCUCAUGAAACAGCGCUGCACUGUGCUGUGGCCUCCUUGCAUCCCAAACGAAAGCAAGUGGCAGAGCUGCUGCUAAGGAAAGGAGCCAAUGUCAAUGAAAAAAACAAGGAUUUCAUGACUCCUUUGCAUGUGGCAGCUGAAAGAGCUCAUAAUGACGUCCUGGAAGUUCUGCAUAAGCAUGGAGCAAAGAUGAAUGCACUGGACAGUCUUGGGCAGACUGCUUUGCACAGAGCUGCCUUAGCAGGCCAUCUGCAGACUUGCCGUCUUCUGCUGAGUUAUGGCUCUGACCCGUCCAUCAUCUCCCUGCAAGGCUUCACAGCAGCUCAGAUGGGCAAUGAAGCAGUACAGCAGAUUCUGAGCGAGAGCACCCCUAUGCGCACUUCUGACGUGGACUACCGACUGCUGGAGGCAUCAAAAGCUGGGGACCUGGAGACCGUGAAGCAACUCUGUAGCCCGCAGAAUGUGAAUUGCAGAGAUCUGGAGGGUCGGCAUUCGACACCCCUGCACUUCGCUGCAGGCUACAACCGUGUGUCUGUUGUGGAGUACCUUCUCCAUCACGGAGCUGAUGUCCAUGCCAAAGACAAAGGUGGCUUGGUUCCCCUUCAUAAUGCCUGCUCCUAUGGACACUAUGAGGUAGCUGAGCUCCUGGUGAGGCAUGGGGCUUCUGUCAAUGUGGCAGACUUGUGGAAAUUUACCCCUCUCCAUGAAGCAGCAGCCAAGGGAAAGUAUGAAAUCUGCAAGCUCCUUCUAAAACAUGGAGCAGAUCCAACCAAGAAGAACAGAGAUGGAAAUACACCCCUAGAUCUGGUCAAAGAAGGAGACACGGAUAUUCAGGACCUACUGAGGGGGGAUGCUGCCCUUCUGGAUGCUGCCAAGAAGGGCUGCCUGGCCAGAGUGCAGAAGCUUUGUACUCCAGAGAAUAUCAACUGCAGAGACACCCAGGGCAGAAACUCGACUCCUCUGCAUCUGGCAGCAGGCUACAAUAACCUGGAAGUAGCUGAAUACCUUCUAGAGCAUGGAGCUGAUGUCAAUGCCCAGGACAAAGGAGGUUUAAUUCCACUUCACAAUGCAGCAUCUUAUGGGCAUGUGGACAUAGCAGCAUUACUGAUAAAGUACAACACGUGUGUAAACGCAACGGAUAAGUGGGCAUUUACUCCGCUUCAUGAAGCAGCCCAGAAGGGAAGGACACAGUUAUGUGCCCUCCUCCUGGCACAUGGCGCAGACCCAACCAUGAAGAACCAAGAAGGUCAGACACCUUUAGAUCUGGCAACGGCCGAUGAUAUCCGAGCUUUGCUGAUAGAUGCCAUGCCCCCAGAGGCCUUACCCACCUGUUUCAAGCCUCAGGCAACUGUGGUUAGUGCCUCUCUGAUCUCGCCAGCAUCCACCCCCUCCUGCCUCUCUGCUGCCAGCAGCAUAGAUAACCUCACUGGCCCUCUGGCGGAGCUGGCUGUAGGAGGGGCCUCCAAUGCAGGGGAUGGCGCCGCUGGUGCAGAAAGGAAGGAAGGAGAAGUUGCAGGUCUUGACAUGAAUAUCAGCCAGUUCCUUAAAAGCCUUGGCCUUGAACACCUUCGGGAUAUCUUUGAAACAGAGCAGAUUACACUAGAUGUGUUGGCUGACAUGGGUCAUGAAGAGUUGAAAGAAAUAGGCAUCAAUGCAUAUGGACACCGCCACAAGUUAAUCAAGGGUGUUGAAAGACUUUUAGGGGGACAACAAGGAACCAAUCCAUAUUUGACUUUUCACUGUGUGAAUCAGGGGACUAUUUUACUAGAUCUUGCUCCAGAAGAUAAAGAGUAUCAGUCAGUAGAAGAAGAGAUGCAGAGUACUAUUCGAGAACACAGAGAUGGUGGCAAUGCUGGCGGCAUCUUCAACAGAUACAAUGUCAUUCGGAUUCAGAAAGUUGUGAACAAGAAGCUGAGGGAACGAUUCUGUCACAGACAGAAAGAGGUGUCUGAGGAGAAUCACAACCAUCACAAUGAACGCAUGCUGUUCCACGGUUCUCCUUUUAUUAAUGCAAUUAUUCAUAAAGGGUUUGAUGAGCGACAUGCAUAUAUUGGAGGGAUGUUUGGAGCUGGAAUUUACUUUGCUGAAAACUCUUCAAAAAGCAACCAGUAUGUUUAUGGGAUUGGAGGAGGAACAGGCUGUCCCACACACAAAGACCGGUCAUGUUAUAUAUGUCACAGACAAAUGCUUUUCUGUAGAGUGACCCUUGGGAAAUCCUUUCUGCAAUUCAGCACUAUGAAAAUGGCCCAUGCUCCUCCAGGACACCAUUCAGUUAUUGGUAGACCAAGUGUCAAUGGGCUGGCCUAUGCCGAAUAUGUUAUCUACAGAGGAGAGCAGGCAUAUCCGGAAUAUCUCAUCACCUACCAGAUCAUGAAGCCAGAAGCCCCUGCACAGACCGCAACAGCCGCAGAGCAGAAGACCUAGUGACUGCCCUGGUAAUGGCCAGAGUGAGUCAGACCUGCGGCUGGACUACAGUGGAUUGCUUCAAAACACACACACACACACACACACACACACACAACCAAUAUUCCCUAAACCUAACAGCCGAGAAACACGCUGUUUGUCUUUUAUAAAGCAUUGCUGGUGUGAUGGCCCAGAGUGAGUGACCAAGCACACUCACCUGCCAUCGGUCCCUUUGAGGAAAUGUUUACUGGGCGGCCUUGGACAUGUCUCGGGCUCAUUGUCCUACGGUUACCCAUUUCUAGAGCAAGAUGCUUUGCUUAAGACAUAGAAAUGGGAAAAGAGAAUAUUCACACACUACAGUUUCUUUGUUGUGUUUGGCACAUGUAUAGCAGAUAGACACGUGUGGCUCAUUUUUUAAUUUUGCCAAACAUACAUUGUUGAUGCUUGUUGUUGUUAUUGUUGUUGUUGUUGCUGUUGUUGUUGUUGUUGUUACUUUGAAAGUGAGCCAGAGUCUUCCUGGGAUAUUUUGCACAGUCACACUGACUAAAGUCAUUAGCAAUACAACUAGAGCUCUGGCCGAUCAAGACACUGUUUCCACUUCUCUUGUUAGAUUGUGUCUCUGCUUCUUCUGAACGUAAGGGGAAGCAUCAAGAUUUGGUUCCCUUUUAGAAGCUGGCCCAUCUUAGAAGGAAGGGCAUAAACACCUCUCUGCUCUUUGCAGUCCGCAGGGCUCCCAGGACUCCGCUCCAGAGCCAAGCGAGCAUUGCCGAGGAGAUGUUUCCGGGAGGCGGCUGUGACUCCUCCUGGUGGACGACUAGCAGCUUGUAAGGGAGGAACCCAGUAAGAGGGGGAUGAGUAGAACACAGGGCCUUGUGGCCGCAGCCAGGCAAACCCAGGGAUGUCUCAAUAAAACCUUCACUUAAUCUGAACCAUCAGAAUUGUCACCCCAACAUUACCCUUUGCUUCCAAAGUCAGGGAGCUGCCGUACCCCAUUAGCAUGUUACUCUCCUCCUCAGUUUAGAAAGCCAGGAUUCAAACCCGAAGUAGUAAAUAUGCACAAAUGCUAGGACUUUUUGUUUACUCCAGAUUUGGCCUUUAUUUUGAGUAGUAUGCUUCAAGUGGUUUAUAAAGAUCUCUUUUCUUAAUUUUUGAACCAUUUCUUCAAAGUUCUUAAUAUAUUUAGACAAGGAAAACAAAAAUUGAAACCAAAGGCUCUUUGACUUAUUUUUUAAGUGCCACUAAUAGAGAAAUGUCUCUGUGAAAGUACUGCUUGUUGGUAAUGGCUUCCUCGGAUGCCCUUGUGGACCUAACCGAAUACUGAAUUGAGCACAUUACUGUUUAGGUUCAUGUUGGCAUCUGUCUGCUCAGUUUUGCAGCAGAAGUCAGAAACAGGAAACAGUGUGACACACUUAACCAUUUCAAUCGGAAGUCCUGAAAACGAGGGUUUUUUUUACUUUUGUUUUAAUGUAAGCAUAUUAAGCUGUGACCACCUUCAUUUCCCUGGCUCCCAAAAUACACAUUUCUCUCUUUCUUUUUAUUUAUUUCAUUUUUGUUAGCUUAAGCCCAAUGCUAGAAGUAGGCAUCCAGCCUAGGGUGAAUUUUAUAGUUAUGUCUUGCAUGGGUUCCUCAAAAUUAAGUCAAGACUUCGCCUCAGUUUUCACUUCUGUUGAAGUCAGCGGCCUGAGCUGGGUGAUUGUGCUUUUGGCUGUGUGUUUCAUAGCAACCAGGGUUCCAUAUAAAGCUUCAAAUGCUGAUGUUGGCUCGGAGAGCUUUCUCCUUCCUUCCCCACCCCACUGUUAGCAAAGGUUGAAGACUGCCAUUUGUAUAGUUGUUGUAGCUACACUGUGUAUGCUGUUUGCCCAUCCUGAACUAGUUUAAAAUGCUAACCACGGCUGUGAUUUGAGUUCCAUGAGGGAGUCCUAUGGUGUAGCUAGGAAAAGCUUUCUAGCUUCAUUAAAAGAUGAACCACUGUCUGACUGUGGUUGUAUGUUGUGUCAUCUCCGUCACACUAACUAGAUUAACUUGGGCUUUUCCUUGAGAAGUUAGCUGUGGUUCGCUGACCCACCUGUGCUGUGUCUGACAGUCUCUGUGCCAAGUACACUGUAUAAGGAAGACUUUCACAGUGAUAUGAAGACUUUUGCAGUGGUGAGGUCUCAUAGUGACUCACAUAUGGCAGAACACACAUUUAUGAUCUGUUUAAAAAGAAUGGGUCAGCAGAGCUAGUAGGUAUUUUCAGAACUUGAAAACAUCAUGGGUGUAUUCAAGUUGGCAAAGUGACUGUGUUAGAAUUUCCUUGUAUAGCAAUAUGAAGAGCACUCUGGGAUAUAAAAGCAUGGUAUUCCACUGGAAUCUGUUGAGUUUCUGUAUGUGUGCAUUACUUAGAACCACUGGCAGGUUUGGGACUCCUCAGCUUCCCAACAGGACUGCAGAGAGAAGUCAAGUGGUCUCUCCGAGCCUCACAUCCAAGGGCUUUCCUAGAGACCUCCUGGUCCCAGUUUACCGGCUCUGGCUGCUGGACACUUACCUCAGGCAUAAAUUAAGUGCUCUGGACGCUUGUCCUCUGACCAGAUUGCUAAUCUAGUGUCAGAAGUAGCUCCUGUGCUUGGCCCCAUCCACCUUCUUACUCUCUUCAUCUUGGGUCUUACAGAAGGAGUCCAGAUAUCUAAUUUUCAUGUCAAAACCGGAACCGGGUCUAGUCCUCUUCCACUUUCUGCUCAAAAGAUUCUGCCAGUUUGCUAACAAAUGGCAGCGUGGAAUCCAGUUCAACCAGGGAUCUUCCCUCCUUCCCUUCCUAGUGGCUAGGACUGCAGCAGACAGUGUGAGUGAGGGAACAGCACUAACAUCUCAUGGACGCAGCGGGCUCCUCCGAGCGUCGUGUUACAGCUACACACAUUUCUCUAGGCUGUCACAGUAGCCAAGUGCAUUUGGGAUAUAGAGAGAAGUGCUUGAAUCUGGCAAGCUAAUAAACAUACAUUAACAUCCUCUUAUCCUAGAUAUUAGUACAAACAAGAAUAUUUUGGUUAAUGCUAGAAAACAGCCUUAGAAUGCAGUAAAUUGUCUAGGUUUUCCUCCAUUUCAAUAUAUUUCCAGUUGCAUGAAAGGUAAUUAGACAUUAUUCCCUCUUCCCUUUUAAACAUUCAUUGUUUGGAUUCCUAUAAAUGGCCUUGUGAAUAAAAAUGGUGUGUGUUUUAAAGCACAUUCCCCGUCCCCCCGUCCCCCUGUCCCCCAGCCCAUGUCCCCAGAUCUUGUUUGUGAGACAGCCUUCUUACUAUGUUUCCUGUUGCAUAGAGCUACAGACUUUAGAGUCAUCCAGCAGGUGUUCAAAAAUGACACUAAAAUAGGUUUUCAUGUGUCAGAAGUCAAAGACUGGUGUGUGGUGUCAAAGCAGUGACAAAGAAAUAAGAGUCAUUGUGAAGGGAGUAUUUGAACUGUUCUAGCUGUAUCUAGCAUGUAAAAAAACAUUUUUUAAAUACCACCCUAAAAAGUGAGGCUUCUUCAGCCAACUUCUGCUUUCUACAGCUAACAGACAAUUACAUUUUUCCUGCUUAAAAAAAAAGCCUUAUCCAUGGAAGAAACUUUUUAACCUUUUCUAUACUACCAGUGAAACAUGACUCCAUUUCUUAGUACUUGAAAUGUGUCAUUGGGUGGGCAUGUCUCUGUAUUCCAUACCCGGUAAGUGUGUUUUAUAGGAGGUACAUUUUAUAAGCAAUACUGUCACACACACUGGGACUGAUGGAACCAGUAAGUUCCAGUUUCUCCCAUGUGAGAUUCCUCAGCCUCCAAUUCUUCUGGUUUGAAAGAACACUAGAAGGGUUUCCAAACCUGCAGACUUGUGUGGGGGAUUCAUAGUAUGUGAUACCAUGUAGAGUUUGAGUAGUGUGGAGGUUCUUUUUAGUCAUUUUAAAGUGUACACUAUGAUACAUUAACCUGUAGAAAGUGAAGAUUUAUGUACUCUGUGAGAUCGGGUCAGGUGUGGCCAGCUUUACACUUCUCCCAGAGUUCUGCAAAACUGAGGUAACGCUCACACCGUAGAAACAGACCAAUUCUGACUCUUCAUUCUUCAACCCUCUCCUCUCUGCUGCACACUCCUGUCUCCCCACCCUUCUGUCCUUUCAAGAUCUCUUUCUCAUCUUCCACAGUUGUUUUGUCUACCCUUCUCAAGUGAAUGCCUUUUGUUAGCUCAAAUUUGAUAACGGGGUAUCUCUGAACCCCAUCCAGUGUUCGGGAAUAAAAACUAGAAAAUGCCACAAGAAAGGAAAGGAAGGACCUGAGAUUUUUGAAGCUUGUAGCGUAGACCUGGAAGGUAACGUUGCUGUAUAAUCCAUGUAUUCACUACACAGAACACUUAACUCUUCAUGUGUGUAUAGUACCUGCUUCUGCUCCCCGUGUUUGAUCUGAGCUUUGUGGUAGUAAUACUUGUCUUUGAUACCUACAAAACUAAAAAGGUACUUUGAUUGACAGGUUAUCUCGAAGAGUUACAAAGCCGCUUUGAGGAAAUCUAGAGUUUCUGACAACAGCAUUUGGAGUUGUGAUUGUGUUUUCUUGCUGUGAUGUUGGUCCGUGUAAAUAACCAGUGUAGCGUUCCUUCGUUUUCCGUCUCUAACCUAACCCGCCAGUGGCUGGGACCCAACCCACUUUGUCCUUCUUUGUAUUUGUCCACUGGUUGGCUUGUCAGACAAACUACAAGAUGCCCAGGUAGAUUUGAAUUUCAGCAGUUUUUUAGCUCAAGUAUCUCUCAUGCAAUAUUUGACAUACUGUGCAUUUUUUAAAUGUUCAUUAACUUAUCUGAAAUUCAGAUUUUGACUGAAUAUCCUAGAUUUUUGUUUUUGUAGUUUUUCUAAAUCUAAUAGUUUCAUCACAGAAGGAUGCUCACAGCAUGUAAAUUCUCUGGUCUUUAUAGCUGUCACCUGAAAUGGAAGGCCUUUUUUUUUUCCUCUCUCUCACCUUCUACUUAUUUCUAAAAGAGGCAUCAGGAACUUAACCAGCCUACAUGGUGGGUUUCUAUUUAAAACAUCUCUGUGAUUAUAUUUAACCUGUAAUUGUGCUUUGGCUUAAUGUCUAACUUCCAGUACUUGUAACUGAUUAAUAUUCAAUAAAACACAUUUUAAAGUACA